AUGAUUAGCAUUUCACAACGUGAUGCUGCAUUAUUCGCAGGAUUUUCAAUUUCAAUCAUGGCAGUUCAUGCAGGAUUUGCCUAUGCUUUUCUUCUUCAAGGUUUUAAUCUACCCGAUAAAACAGCUUUAACAACUGAUAAUACUAGACCUCCUCUGACAUCAUUUCGUUUUGGCACUUUCGACCUUCUUAUCAUACUUAUCUGGGCUGUACUAGUGGCUUGGGCACUUCAUGUUUCUCUUAAACAAGUGGACGAACCCCUUUUCUCAGCUACUGUUUGGCUUCGAAUUAGCUAUACAUUAUGUUUGGAAACUGCCUUACUAAGUUCAAAUGCUAUUGUAUUACUAUUAAAUGAUGCAAAGUAUUUGUCUGGUUAUGGAGAAAGUCUUUUUAAUGCUCUGGUGACAUUGUUUUUAAAUAAGUUUCAUUAUAAUUGGUCUCUUGUAUUAGUUAUUUUUGGAUGUCAUCUUUACGUUCUUAGCUAUUUAGUUUUCAAAUCUGACUAUAUUCCUAAAAAAUUUGUUUUUUUAUUAAUUAUUGUUUCUCUUUGUUAUAUUAUCAACAAUUGGGCUAAUUUACUAUUACCCAACUAUGAAAAAUAUAAAACAACAAUCGAAAUAUUUCUUAGCGUACCUAUGAUUGUUGGGGAAAUGGGAUUUGGUUUAUGGCUUUUAUUCAAAGGUGGUAUAGAACAUGAAGAUUAA